AUGAAGCUAAUCAAAGGCCAAUUAGCAUUAGUAUUAAGUAGAAUGGGUCAAAUUGAAACACAAUUGUCAUCAUUAGAUAAUCAUGAUCAAGACCAAGUGUAUAACGAAUUUUCAAGAAAUUAUCAGCAACCAUCAUCAUCUUAUGCAAAUAAAGUUACUCAAGCUUUAGCUUCACAAUCUCCUCCACCACAAACAACUGAUAUUCAAAAUGUAACUACAUCACUAAUUCCUCUCAUUGCAUCAGCAUCACCAUCAGCAAAGUUGUCACAAACAUCAAGAAAUUUUGCUACAACGAUAACAACUCCAGCAUCACGAGGAAUAAUUAAUAAAUAUACAAAUGUUAAAACUGAUUUUAAUCGCUCUUUGAUUAUCUAUCAAAAAAAUAAUAAUCAAUUAAUCAAAUACUCUCCACAACAAUUAAAAAAAAAGAUAAUUUAA